AUGCCAACCCCAACAAAAGAGACGAAACCCAAUAAUAAUAAUAAUAAUAAUAAUAAUAAUUAUAAUAAUAAAGAUAAUAACAGCAUGAAGGGAGAUGUUGAACAAACCACAAUAUCAACAGAAGGAGCCGUAGAGGCAUUACGUCGGCUUGAAGAUACCGCAACGGCGAUGAACACUGAAAUUAGACGACUGCGGCGGGCCAUUGGGGCCCAACACCGUUCCUUAUCUACACAACUGCAGUCUAGGCUUGUAGAGAGAACUCCCACAGAGAAGAGAAUCUCUCAUUCUCACUCUAGUCUUAAUACUAAUAUUAACUCUAAUUCUCCUACACACUCUCCAUAUUUAAUGAAAGCUAAAGAAAGACGAGAACAGGCUGCCGUCUACAGAUAUACAGCUUGUACAUUAAAACAGAAAGCCAUCAUUGCAGAGUUGUGGCAAAAGAUGGUAAUUCAUGAUUGGUAUGAAAAAGUAGUAGUAGUGCAAUUCUAUCAAGAAGUAAUGCGGAAAUUAUCUCAAUUUGAGUUUAGACUUCAACAAGCAGCAUUGAAAGUACAACCCGAACGAAGUGUAUAUAGUGUUAUCCCCAUACCAUUAUCAUUAACCGUAGUAACAGGAAAUGAAGAGGAAAGACUUUUUUGUUUAAAACGAAAACGAUCCUUGCGAAAUGCGAUUUCUCUUUCUAUUAAAGUGGUAAAGGAAUAUAUGGAUCUCCAGAAUAAUAAUAACAAUAAUAACAAUAGUAACACUCCGAAUUCCUAUAUAGAUACUAUUACUACUACUACUAAUAGUACUGCAGAAGCUCCCUUUACAAUAGAAGAGUUAAGAGAAGUUCUACAGUUUAUCUUCACACACACCACGUUAAAUACGAGUUCAUUCCAUUCCUUCUUCACAGCCGCAGUCACCCAAACACCGGAAUUCCUACAAGCUUUACAUUCAUCCAUACUACUACAACGUCAAAAGGUGGAAUGGUGGGAAUUCGCAGAGGCUUAUAUAAAAGAACGUCAAGCUCUCUAUACACAUUAUACACAAAUGAGGCUUGCAUGUAUACAAGAGAAGUGUCGGACGACAAGUGAUACACUCGUGGCACAGCGACAACAACAGGAACGAGAUGAGGCCAAAUGGCACAGUCUUCGUAUGAGUGCCAUGUCAACACUCUCCUUAUAUAUACAGAGAAGUGAAGAAGAAAAAGAAAAAGAAAAAGAAGAAAGAGAAGAUUGUAAUGUAGAUAAAGAGAUGGAAAUAGAUGUGGAUCCUGGUAACUGUACACUGUGGCUUCUCGUACGGGCAUUACGGGAGAAGAGAAGAAUGAAUAAUGUCGAAAGUACAGCUGGAGAAGAGAGAGAGAGAGAGAGAGAGAGAGAGAGAGAGAGAGACAACAAUUAA